AUGUUGAACAAAUAUGUUAAUUUCAGUUCAAGCGAUGAAUAUAGAACUGCUCUCCAAGAUGCAGCACGCCUUGGAAAGCUGGAUGUUGUCAUGCUGCUCCUUAAGCGGAGGUUCGAUGUGAAAAUCCAUGGAACUGCUCUCCAAGCCGCAGUAGAGGAUGGAAACGUGGAUGUUGUCAAGCUGCUCCUUGACCAGGGGGCCGAUGUGAACGUCCAAGGUGGUGAAUAUGGAACUGCUCUCCAAGCCGCAGCACGCUUUGGAAAGCUGGAUGUUGUGAAGCUGCUCCUUAAGCAGGGGGCCGAUGUGAAUGUCAAAGGUGGUGAACUUGGAACUGCUCUCCAAGCCGCAGCAUAUGAUGGAAACGUGGAUGUUGUUAAGCUACUCCUUGACCAAGGGGCCGAUGUAAAAAUCCAAGGUGGUGAAUAUGGAACUGCUCUCCAAGCCGCAGCACGCUUUGGAAAGCUGGAUGUUGUGAAGCUGCUCCUUAAGCAGGGGGCCGAUGUGAACGUCAAAGGUGGUGAACUUGGAACUGCUCUCCAAGCCGCAGCAUAUGAUGGAAACGUGGAUGUUGUUAAGCUACUCCUUGACCAAGGGGCCGAUGUGAACGUCCAAGGCGGUGAAUAUGGAACUGCUCUCCAAGCCGCAGCACGCUCUGGAAAGCUGGAUGUCGUCAAGCUGCUCCUUAAGCAGGGGGCCGAUGUGAAAAUCCAAGGUGGUGAAUACGGAACUCCUCUCCAAGCCGCAGCACGCUCUGGAAAGCUGGAUGUUGUCAAGCUGCUCCUUAAGCAGGGGGCCGAUGUGAACGUCCUAGGUGGUGAAUAUGGAACUGCUCUCCAAGCCGCAGCAUACGAUGGGAACCUAGAUGUGGUAAAGCUGCUCCUUGACCAGGGGGCCGAUAUUAACGUCCAAGGCGGUGAAAAUGGAACUGCUCUCCAAGUUGCAGCAUACAAUGGAAAGCUGGAUGUUGUAAAGCUGCUCCUUCAGCAGGGGGCCGAUGUGAACGUCAAAGGUGGUGAACUUAGAACUGCUCUCCAAGCCGCAGCACGCUUUGGAAAUGUGGAUGUUGUCAAGCUGCUCCUUGACCAGGGGGCCGAUGUGAACAUCCAAGGUGGUGAAUAUGGAACUGCUCUCCAAGCCGCGGCAUACGAUGGAAACCUGGAUGUUGUUAAGCUGCUCCUUAAGCAGGGGGCCGAUGUGAAAAUCCAAGGCGGUGCAUUUGGAACUGCUCUUCAAGCCGCAGCAUACGAUGGAAACGUGGAUGUUGUCAAGCUACUCCUUGACCAGGGGGCCGAUGUGAAAACUCAAGGCGGUGAAUAUGGAACUGCUCUCCAAGCCGCGGCAUACGAUGGAAACGUGGAUGUUGUCAAGCUGCUCCUUGACCAGGGAUCCGAUGUGAACGUCCAAGGUGGUGAAUAUGGAACUGCUCUCCAAGCCGCAGCACACGAUGGAGACGUGAAUGUUGUCAAGCUGCUCCUUGACCAGAGGGCCGAUAUGAACGUCCAAAGUGGUGAAUACGGAACUGCUCUCCAAGCCGCAGCAUAUGAUGGAAACGUGAACGUUGUCAAGCUACUCCUUGACCAGGGGGCCGAUGUGAACGUCAAAGGUGGUAAAUAUGGAAAUGCUCUCCAAGCCGCAGCACGCCGUGGAAACUUAGAUAUUAUCAGGCUACUCCUCAACCUGGGUGCGAAUGUUGGAAUUCCUACACUUGACUCACAGGGCGCAUCAUUGCUACAUUCUGCUGUCGCUUGCGAGGACAGAGAAACCCUGAAUUUAGUUCUUGAAGCUGGCGCACAUUUUUACAUAGCCAAAGCUGAUGCUUUCAACCAGACGCCACUUCAUAUCGCUGCUUCUCACUACCUAGAAGCCUUUCAAAUCCUAGAAAACUCGUUGAACUCAGCUGCCAAGAACGAAAAAGUGGACGCAUGGGCCCUCAUGCACGUUGCUAUCAACGAAAAAGACAUUGAUGGAUGUACCCCUUUACACUGUGCUGUUGAGAAUCACGCUUUAGGGGCUGCAGAAUGGCUUAUCAAUCAUGGUGCUAAUGUUGACAUUGAAGAUUUCAACAAGAUCACUCCAUUUCAGCGCGCCUCUCAGUUGAAAGAUUUCAGAAUGAUGAGCCACCUUUUCCCUUAUGUCACCAAAGGUUUUAUAAAGGCAACAGACUGGAGAGCUUGCGUCCCAUCAAGGGCAGAAAGAAAUAUCAUUCUAGCCUUGGGCGGACCAGAGAUAUCUCCAGUGCAAGUGAAGGAUGAUCAGGAAUUAACGCAAUAUUUUAAUGCGAUGUCAUAUUCCUUGGCUUUCUCCACAUCAAGCGUAUCAGCACAGGGUGAUAAGUGUGUCGCCACUGCUAUUUCACAGAGGGCAGUCGUGUGA